AUUUAAUAUUAAUAAUAAUAAUAAUAAUUUAUUUGCAAGAAUAUGUAUGAUAUUCAAGAAUAUUGUACAAACAUGUUAUGGUGGUACAAUCUGAAAUUCGCAUAUUCUGCCAUACAUAAUGGCUUGCAAAAUAGUCUUAAAAGGUAGAAUAGAAGUUACAAUUACAUUAUGAGUCAUAUCAUUAUAGUCAAUUCUUAUAUUAUUUUAUCACUAGAUCAUCACAUUAUUAAAAUAUAUUAUCAAUUUAAUAUCAAUUACAGUGUUUCAUGCAAGUAAUCAUUAAUUGAAUAGUAUUUUUUUCCCAAAGUAGUAUAUUAAGUCGCAUUUUAAAAACUCUAGUAAGAAGAUCUUCGAAUGUUUUUUGUAAAUUAUUAUAAACCUUGAUUGCCACACAAACGGUGUUUUUCCAAUACAAUUCAAGAUAAAUUUUUUGCAUGGCCAAUUUUUUUUCCAUGUGUUCAACUGUGGUCUAUUCCCGUUGACUUAAAAUAUUUAUGAUUUUUGUGAACGAAUAAGGACAUUUCAAAAAUUUACAUACAGGGAAGAGAUUAAAUUUUGAGCUUCUUAAACAAAGGUACACUAUUAAGAUAGUUUGCUGCACAAAUUGUUCUAAUACAUUUUUGAAACCUUAAAUACACUAUUUACUUCGACUGAAUUCCCCCAAACUAUAAUUCCAUAUCUAAGUAUAUAAUAGUUUUCGUCAACGUUUUCCUUAGUCGUUUUAACACUUAAACGAAGCUGCCUAUUUUGUUCUGUGAUUUUUCAAUAUGUGCUUACCAAUUACAAAAUGUAUCCAGUGUUAUACCCCAAAAAGACGCACGUAAAAUUCCGCCAUUGCUUGCUCCAAAGAUUUUACUUUCUUCAUUCUGUGUUCAUUUAUAAUUAUAAGUUAUUGCAGAUAAAUAUUAUUUAAUAUAAUAAAAUAAAAAAAAGCGUAAAUGAUUUUGUAAUAGUCAUGAAUUUUAUUUAUGUAUUCUGGCGUUUUAAUCAUUCCAAACUAUCACACAAAGGUCAAAACAAUCAUCACGACAUGAUUCUUUAAAAAAUAUUAGAUUCUAGAUCUUGAUUUAAUCAGUAUUUAUCAAUCGUGUAUUAAGUAUUAAUUUAAAUUAAUCGCAAUCCCACCACUGUACUCAGUCUGGGACGGAAAGAAUCAGAGAUCGGGCGGUGUCGAUUUAAAAUAAAAAAAUGGAGGACGCAAGAGACGAAAUAAAAAAUGGUGAAAUAAAGAGAGUAGAUUUAGAUGAUGUUUUAGUAAAUGAGUUGGGUCAAUUUGGACCCUUUCAGCUUCGAUACAUGGUCCUUGUAUCGAUUCCGCUUAUUUUGACCGCCUCUAUGGGUGAAUAUAUUUUCUCAGCCGCAGCAAUCCCUCACAGAUGUCGUGUCCCAGAAUGUGGUGAAGAUUCGAAAUUAGUCCAGUUUGACCCCGAUUGGCUAACGAAUGCCAUGCCCGAGAAGACAUCAGCCUCCAGCUGCGAACGUUACCGGCCAAGAGAUAUUAGUGUUAACAGCUCCUUAGAUUAUUGUCCCGCGGACCUGUUCGACUCAUCAGUCAUUGUUGGAUGUGAUAGUUAUGUCUAUGCACGGGACAACUCAGUUGUCUAUGAUUUUGAUCUCGGUUGUCAGGAGUUCAAGCGAGUAUUAGCGGGGACACUUAAUAGUAUAGGAACUUUACUUGUGUUACCGAUAACAGGCUAUGUGUCCGAUAGGUUUGGGCGAAGAGUAGCGUUGAUCAUAAGUGUAUUUAAUUUGGCAUUAAUCGGGUUUAUACGAGCUUUUUCAGUAAACUACAAUAUGUACUUGGCCCUUCAAAUUCUACAAACUACACUCGGAGCUGGAAGCUUCAGUGCUGCGUAUAUCUUUGCCGCUGAGCUGGUUGGGCCCAAAUGGAGAGUGUUAGCGAGUGCAACAGCAACGUCUAUGUUUUCAAUUGGACAAGUCAUUUUAGGUGGAGUAGCUUGGGUUAUUCAGCCUUGGCGCUACAUGAUAAUGGCCAUCCAUAUUCCCUCCUUCCUCAUUAUCUCCUAUUACUGGAUUUUGUCUGAGAGCAUCAGAUGGCUUCUAUCAAAGCAAAGGUUCGAAGAAGCUAGAACGGGAUUGGAAAAUAUUGCGAGAGUGAACAAAACACAGAUCAGUGAAAAGUCCAUGCAGGGAUUGUUGAUGCCGCCUGCUGUCACUGCGGAAUCAGCGGAGCAAAACAAGGAUGGCCUUCUAAAAUCAAUAUUUAAGUCGAAAAUCUUAUUACGCCGAGUCUGCACCACUCCCGUUUGGUGGAUCACUACAACCUUCGUCUACUACGGUCUCUCUAUCAACUCCACCAGUCUUUCUGACACAAUCUAUCUGAACUUCAUUUUGACCGUUGCCAUCGAGAUUCCAGGAUUCUUUACGGGUGUUUUCAUUUUGGACAGGAUUGGACGGAAACCCACCCUGUCCGCUGGGUUCUUCUUCAGCGCCGCUUGUAAUAUAGCUUUUGUCUUUAUUCCCUCAGAUGUCAGCGUGGCCCGUCUGGUGGUGUAUCUCGCGGGUAAAUUCGGUAUUUCGCUGGUACUUACCUCACUGUACCUCUACACAUCAGAGCUGUACCCCACAGAAUUUCGACACACGUUACUGGCCUUCUCCUCGAUGAUUGGCAGAAUUGGGUCAAUCAUAGCACCACUCACACCAGUACUUAUGGACUAUUGGCACGGCAUUCCGUCAAUGUUGUUCGGUGGCAUGGCUAUACUAUCUGGUCUACUGAUUCUCACUCAACCCGAAACAUUGGGCACCAAAAUGCCUGAUACUCUUGCUGAUGCAGAGGCUAUUGGAAGGGAUAAGAAAUAAUGCAGGAUGGAGGAAUGAGAAAGGAAAUGUUAAAAUCGAAUCAUUAUAAUUUUUAAAUAAUUUAUGCAUUUACUAUGUAUUACGUAUUUAAAUUCUAGUUUUAUUUGUGCAUAAAUUAAGAACUUGCUUGAAUUAUGUAGGUACUACAUAAUUGUAUAUGGAGUAAUUUAUGAUCACUAC